GGGAGUCUUUUCCGUUGUCUUCCAGUGUGUUUGACAUGUGUGAUCAUUUUUUGCAAAACUACAGUUUGGGUCCUCAGACAGAGGAACAAUGCUAAUUGAUGUUUUAAUGCAGAAAAGGAUAUUUUUGUGUGAGUGUGGCUCUUCAUAGAAUGGAAGCCUAAAGCCAAAAGCCAUUUUCAGUAGAUUGAUAUUUUGUCCUAGACAACCAUGAGGGAAAGAGGUUUGUGAAUAUAAUAGGCAAAGAAAGCUUGAAAAUAAUUAUCAUUAAAAAAGAAAAGAAUUAUGUCCUUUUAUGUUAAGUUUCCUUAUGUUAGGAAAAUAUAUUGUGCUCUAGUUAUUGAGAAUUCUUCAUUGGCUAUUAAAACUCAGAUGUCUCUAAGGUCAUGACUGCCAAAAAGCCAAAUGAAACUAAGCUAAAAUCCAGGUUUUCACUAUGCAAAUUGAAAUAUAUCUUAAUUAGGGCAUCAUAUAAGGAAAAUAUUUUUGUAUCUCUGGAAAAUAACAGACGCUGCUGCUGAGACAUCAUAUUUGCCUAACUAGCUUUGUGACCACCUUAACUUAAUGCAUUUUAUUAGGCAAUUGAAGAGAACCAAAUCAUUCUAUUAGGUAAAUAUUCAGGAAAUACCUGGUAUGUAUUCUGAGCUCUUAAACUAAUAAGAUACAACUAUUCUCUUUAAAAGUUUGUAUUUUAUAAAAGAAGGCUCCAGCUAUUUGGAUCUUUGUACUUAUUACAUGACACUCCUGUCAUUAGACAUACAUACCCAAAUGGCUAAAAAGGAUAAAUUAAUGUAAUAAAUGGCCCAAGUGAUUCAGUCUGUAUGCUAUAGUAUAUAAAAGAGAGUAAAAGUACCUGCUCAAUUGGUUUAAUCAUGAAAGUCUUCAUUUCAUUGGUCAAGAAAAUUUUUAAUGGUAUAAAGUGGGGGAAAUUGCUGUAUGAGGCAUUUGGAAAAGAUGGAUCGUACUUAUGAGGAUGAAUGAUUAUGUUUAUUUGGUGAAAAAUAUUGUUGGAAGCCAGAAGUUGCCCACUAGGACUAAAAUACAUGAGCACAGUACAAGAAAAUAGAAAUGUAUGUACACUAGACACUGGAGAACAGGCAAGUAUUUAUAAAUCAUAAGAGACAAAUUGAGAAUACCAAUCUUGAUUGUUGGAGGUGAGUGUAUUUGUUAAUAAAAUUAUUUGGAAUACUUUCCCACACGAAUUAUAUAUUACAACAUCAUAGUUCCUUCUUAAAGCUCUUUGCACCUUCAGCCCUGAGGUGAAUUAAUGAAGACUUUCAGUUAAGUGCUGGUAAUUUCUGCUUCCUUUUUCAGACAUUUUAAAACAUCCCUUUCAAAGACUUAUUCUUGGCAUUGGAGGUUUCCUAGUUCAGAGGGUUCUCUGAAGUCUUCAACACCAGAAAUAUGAAAUACAAAGAUCAAAAGUGUGUCAUCAUUAAUAACUAUUUCCCCCCAUUUUCAGGAACACAUAUAAUCAGUCAAGAAUUUUCCUAAUCAACACUUAACAAUCCUGUUUGCAAAAUGUGUUUUAACUCCAGUUGGGUCUCUAUAAAUAGUUAAAACCUGUAUGAAAAAAGGAUUUCCACUGAAGUAAAAGUUGCCCCUGUGGUGAAACUAAGGGUCACAUUCAAUCAGAGGUACAAAACGUGUAACUUAGUAGCACAAAAUGUGUUGCUAUUCUCCAACAGCAUUAAAGUACGCGGAAUGGCAAAAGAGUAAGACUGAGCAGAAUCAGAAUUUAUUACUUACGGUUUGGAGCCACAUGAUGUCGCUCUGUACCAUAAAAUUGUUCUGCUAGAGAAAAAGAAUAUCCCUUCUGUUAUAAAGAAGCUGCAUCCACCAUUCAGAUAGAAAUGGAGGAUACAUCGGCAUAGACUGAACGGUUAGAAGAUAUUUCUUGAUUUUGAAACGAGAUCCCUUAAUGAAAACAAAGCACUGCGGGCUCGAGAUGGAGUUUUCCUGGGCAAGCGGCCAGGAAUCCAAGCGUCUGCUGCUCUCACUUCUAUUCCUCGCAGCCUGGAGGGCGGGGAGUGGCCAGGUCCACUACUCGGUCCCGGAGGAGGCCAAACACGGCACCUUCGUGGGGCGGAUCGCUCAGGACUUGGGGCUGGAGCUGGCGGAGCUGGUGCCACGCCUGUUCCGGGUGGCGUCCAAAGGCCAGGGGGACCUUCUGGAGGUAAAUCUGCAGAAUGGCAUUUUGUUUGUGAAUUCUCGCAUCGACCGCGAGGAGCUUUGCGGGCGGAACCUGGAGUGCAGCAUCCAUCUGGAGGUGAUCGUGGACAGGCCGCUGCAGGUUUUCCAUGUGGAGGUGGAGGUGAAGGACAUUAAUGACAAUCCUCCUGUGUUCCCCGGGACACAAAAGAAUCUAUUUAUGGCGGAAUCCAGGCCUAUUGACACUCGGUUUCCACUAGAGGGCGCAUCGGAUGCAGAUAUCCGGGCCAACGCUAUGCUGACCUACACACUGAGCCCCAAUGAAUAUUUCUCGCUGGAAAAGCCGUCCGAUGACGAGCGGGUAAAACGUCUUGGACUACUACUAAGGAAAUCUUUAGACAGGGAAGAAGCUCCAGAAAUUUUUUUAGUGCUCACAGCCACUGAUGGCGGCAAACCUGAGCUGACUGGAACCGUUCAGUUACACAUCAAAGUGCUGGACGCCAAUGACAACGCCCCAGCUUUUGACAGAACACUCUAUGAGGUGAAAGUACAAGAAAAUGUUUCUAAUGGAACGUUGGUAAUGAAACUAAACGCCUCAGAUUUAGAUGAAGGCUCGAAUGCAGACAUUAUUUAUUCAUUCUCAACUGAUAUUUUACCAAAUGUAGAAUCCAAGUUUCACAUAGAUCCAAUUACUGGAGAAAUUAUGGUAAAGGGAUAUAUCGAUUUUGAAGAAAGAAAAUUCUAUGAAAUUCUUGUAGAGGGUAUUGAUAAAGGACAGCCCCCUCUCUCUGGCCAUUGUACAGUUAUGGUGGAAGUCGAGGACACCAACGAUAAUGUUCCAGUAAUGGAAUUCAAGUCCCUGUCACUCCCAAUCAGAGAAGAUGCUCCACUAGGCACGGUCAUCGCCUUGAUCAGCGUGCAUGACCUCGAUUCUGGUGCCAACGGGCAGGUGACCUGCACCCUGUCACCCCAUGUCCCCUUCAAGCUGGUGUCCACCUUCAAGAAUUACUAUUCGCUGGUGCUGGACAGCGCCCUGGACCGCGAGAGCGUGGCGAGCUAUGAGCUGCUGGUGACCGCACGGGACGGGGGCUCGCCUUCGCUGUCGGCCACGGCCAGCGUGUCCGUGGAAGUGGCCGACGUGAACGACAACGCGCCGACAUUCGCGCAGGCCGAGUACACGGUGUUCGUGAAGGAGAACAACCCUCCCGGCUGCCACAUCUUCACGGUGUCCGCGCGGGACGCGGACGCGCAGGAGAACGCGCUGGUGUCCUACUCGCUGGUGGAGCGGCGGGUGGGCGAGCGUGCGCUGUCGAGCUACGUGUCGGUGCACGCGGAGAGCGGCAAGGUGUACGCGCUGCAGCCGCUGGACCACGAGGAGCUGGAGCUGCUGCAGUUCCAAGUGAGCGCGCGCGACGCGGGCGUGCCCCCGCUGGGCAGCAACGUGACGCUGCAGGUGUUCGUGCUGGACGAGAACGACAACGCGCCCGCGCUGCUGCCGCUGCCUGGGGCGGGCGGCGCGGGCGGCGCCGUGAGCGAGCUGGUGUGGCGGUCGGUGGGCGCGGGCCACGUGGUGGCGAAGGUGCGCGCGGUGGACGCGGACUCGGGCUACAACGCGUGGCUGUCGUACGAGCUGCAGCCGGCGGCGGGUGGCGCGCGCAGCCCGUUCCGCGUGGCGCUGUACACGGGCGAGAUCAGCACGACGCGCAGCCUGGACGAGGCGGACUCGCCGCGCCAGCGCCUGCUGGUGCUGGUGAGGGACCACGGCGAGCCGGCGCUGACGGCCACGGCCACCGUGCUGCUGUCGCUGGUGGAGAGCGGCCAGGCGCCCAAGGCCUCGUCGCGGGUGUUGGCGGGCGCCGCUGGCGCGGAGACGGCGCUGGUGGAUGUCAACGUGUACCUGAUCAUCGCCAUCUGCGCGGUGUCCAGCCUGCUGGUGCUCACGCUGCUGCUGUACGUGGCGCUGCGGUGCUCGGCGCCGCCCAGCGAGGGCGCGUGCGGGCCGGGGAAGCCCACGCUGGUGUGUUCCAGCGCGGUGGGGAGCUGGUCGUAUUCGCAGCAGAGGCGGCAGAGGGUGUGCUCUGGGGAGGGUCCGCCCAAGACCGACCUCAUGGCCUUCAGCCCCAGCCUACCUCAAGGUCCUGGCUCUGCAGACAUCGUGAGUCUCAAAAAUAUUAUUCACAAAAAUUUUCGUUAAGUCUUUAAUAUUUAAUAUUUCCUUCCAACUUCUUUUUAUUUUAAAUUAUGGUUUUAUAUUUGAUUAUUGUCUCAUCAUUUAGAUGUAAAUUCUCAAUUGGUAUUAAUUCAUUUACUUAAAAUUGGUUAUGGUUAGAAUUCAUUUUAGUUUGUUGCAUAUAAUCGCUUUGCACUAAUGGAUUUAUUUCAGUAACAUACCUCCCCUUUUUUAGGUUUUAAAAGUUGGAGUUAAUGGACUAGUGUUCUUUGCACAAUAGAAAGUGUUUCCAAAAUUAAAUUUUUAAUAAAUAUUUUAAUUUUCAAUCUUUAGGAAAUGUAGGAAGAUACUUGUAUGACAUAUUUGGUGGAGUUAUUUAUUUUCAAAGUCUCCUAUUAUGACAAUGAAUUUUUUUUUACAGUGAAGUGUUUCUUUUAAAAUUAUUUAUUUUUUAAUGUUUAU